ACCUCAUUUUGGUUGACACCGGAUGCACUAUUGGUGGCCACUGAAAUUACUGGGAAGCUAAAUCUAUUUAUCUAUUUAUAGUCCCGUGGUAAAGAAAGAGGAGAAUUUGUCGCCACCCCUACUCUUCCCGCAGAUCUUACAAAGAUAUAAGGGCAAAUUCAUACUCUCAUGUACAGGAGGCUCCCCAGCCGUCACAACCCAGGCAUGGACGGACACGGACUGUAAAAUGAUGAACAGGAUCUCGUGAUUUAUGAUGACAAAAUUCUCAAGUUUGACAGAGGUCACUUUUUGACGUAAUCGCACUGUAUUAAUUCUAAUUUAUUUUGAAAUAAAUACUGUUUUAGCUUAGAUUGUAUAAAGAUAAGGUGUUAUGAAGUAAAUGCAUUCAACCUCGAUAAGUACAUGGAUGGGGGUCUCACGAUCGCAGAUGUUUGACGUGGAUUGUGACAUUUGAAUUAUUAUUUAAAAAUUGUGCAUCUUUAUAAUGGCAAUAACUUCUAUAUCUUCUUGUCCUUGCCUACUUACUGAGGCUAGAUUUUAUUAAACUAAUGGAGAAAUAAGCUUAAUAUAACUGAAUAGAACACAACGGAACGCUAAAUUAACUAAAAUGGUUAUUAUAAAAACACAACUGAACGCUAAUACAAAAUAGUUUGUUUUAUGGUAAUGUUAGCAGAAACCAUCUGAUUACAUAAUGUUAUUCAAAACCGAAUUGCUAUUUCGCCAAGUUUAUCGAUAUAAUUUGCGAACGACGAAAUAUUUCUUUAUUCUAACCUUGAAUAUUUGAAUAAUCGACCACGUUUGUAUCGGUUUCUUUCGAGGACAUUGUCACAGAAACUUAAAUGAUAAUGAUAAUGAUUUUACGUGAUUACUAUCGCGAUAAGAUAGUUUCAGAUUUCCUACGUUUCCUGAUUCUGAUAAACGCAGCCUUCGUUGGUAUUUUGUUUACGUUUUUUUUUUACUUUUUUGUCCGCGCAUUUUAUUGUGUGUGAUAGUGUUUAGUCUUAACCUAUCUUUGUGUUCGUUGACAUUGGUUUAUUUUGGUCGUGUUUUUUUGCAAGAUUUUUGUGUAUUUGUGACUCAUUGUCAGAUUCGGUCUAGUUUAUAGAAAUCUGGUUCUUUUGUGCUAGUGGUUACACAUACUCAUGAUAAUUAAGAUUAUUAAGUGAUACAGUGACUUACGCGUUGUGGGAUUCGACACAAAAUUGUUAGGUCAUUUAGGUAUCUAUUAGUUACUGUAGUAGAUAUACUGGGACUUACCAAAGACUUUGAUUUUAAAAUACUGACAUAUUUGUCGUGAAAUCUGAUUAACUUGAAACUGAUUGGAAAUGUGACUGGAAUACAGGAAUUAAACUUUGAGCUAGACAAAAAACUGGACUGGUAGAAAUUGCUGGAAGACUUAUUUGACACUUAACAAGUUACGAGGGUCUAAGAUAUCUUUUGUUUUUUUGAGGGGGGGGAAAUCAUCCAAUCACUUGUCACUUGUCCUACCUACCUUGGGUGAGGCGAGAGAGAGUGUCAAACUCUUACUGACUAAAACCAUUCCAUUCCUACUCCUGCUUUAGCCCCGCGAUGGUGUGAGAUAUCUGAACCUUUUAUUAUUUUAUGUCAAAAUUGCUUCUUUUGAAAAGGAAGGUGAAUUUCAUUUUGUAAGUAACUUACUGAGAAAGAAGACUCAUUUACAAGACAAGCCAUUUUAGACUUUAGAACUGCCUUAGGUAUUAUGGAACUUACUGGAACACUUCGACUUAUUGAAGGACGUAAGACUUACUGUAUUUAGACCUUACAGCUUUAUUAUUUAGGAAGAUUCUUAAAUGAACCUUAGAGGGAAAUAUCCAGUGUUAAUAUGGACUUAAAAGAGUACAGUGUAAGUAAUGAUUCAAGUUCGGGGUUUGUUUGGGUACAUAAGAUAUCGAGGACGUAUCUCCGUUUGGUGUCCCUCUGUUACAAUAAGGGGCAUGGUGCAGAUUCUGCCUUGAUGGGCACGGAAGACCGGUUCGCGUUGCCUAGCCGAGGUGAGGCUGUGGUGGAGCUAUGGAGGUCGAAGAUGGAGGAAGGUGUACUGGCACCAGCGCACUUCCUGGACCACUGGAGAGUCAAUGUCCCCAGUAUAUACUCUCCACAACCUAACACGACUUGUUUAGACUAUUCUUUCGACGAAGACCUAGCAGCUGAUCUACUUAUUCAGCCCCUGGAGCAGUUUGUGUGGGGCAACAGCGAUGGAUCGCAGCCGCCGUUACCACGACGGUCGACCCUCUGUGGGCGAGUGUUCAAGCAGGGUGAUCCAGCGUACAGCUGUAGGGAAUGUGGUAUGGACAACACUUGCGUUUUAUGCGUCGAGUGUUUCAAGGUGUCAGCGCACCGGCACCACAAGUAUAAGAUGGGGCAGUCCAGCGGCGGGGGCUGCUGCGACUGUGGCGACACCGAGGCUUGGAAGAGAGAUCCCUUCUGCGAGUUACACGCGGCGUCUGAAGACGACAAGCAGGAAGAGGCUACCAUUAAACCAGAUGUAGUGGAACGUAUGAAGAUAGUGGCGUCGGUCACCCUCUCAUACUGUCUGCGACUGCUGACACACGACCAUGCGCCCGGACUGCCCAAUGAUCUCAGUACGUUAACACCUUGCAGGCUGAAAGACGCGGAGCGCGACCUGCUACAGAUCCUCGACCAACCAGACUGUUACUGCACAGUCCUCUAUAACGACGAGACACAUACGUUUGAUCAGGUCAUAACGACUCUAGUAAGAGUAACGAAAUGUAGCCAAAGAGAUUCCUUGGAACUAGUUAGUUUGAUUGACCGCGAAGGUCGAGCGCUGGUCAAAUGCAACUCGUUCCAAGUCUGCGACAAACUGAAGACCGAUAUCGAAAUCUGUACGGCGAUGUUCGAAAGGUUCACGUCGCGCCAUGGACCCAGCCUCAAGGUGCUCGUCAUGCACGCCCACGUCAUCGCGCAUCAGACCUUCGCCAUGAAGCUGCUGAAUUGGUUACAAAACUUCGUAAGUCAAGAACCAAGUCUUCGACUGGCCGUUAGCCAAGUGGCGCUUGGUGAAGAGGUCUGGGGGGCUAGCACGUCAGUGGGAGGCGGCGGCGGGGUCGCUUGUGGGGUCAUGCAGAAUGACUCGCGCAUGUGGAAGGCUGCCCGCACCGCCUGGCACCGGCUUCUUAUCGCCACAACCCUCAUGGACUACUCCACGAAGAAAGCUAUGGCCAUAUUAUUCACUAAGAAUUAUGGAUCAAUACUCAAAGAUUUUAUCAAGGACGAUCAUGACCAUUCGUUCUCGAUAUCUUCUUUGUCGGUACAACUGUACACGACACCGACUCUGGCGCACCAUCUAAUCGCAAAGCACGACGCGUUGUUUGUCGUUAUGAACACCUUCAUAAGCGAGUGUAAUCGACGCUGUAAUCAACAAACUGGUCGAUUAGAAUUUGACAGGUCAAACAUUCCUGUGGCUUUUAAGCGAGCUCAGUUCAUCCUGUACGAUGUGAAAUACCUCCUCAGUUCGGUACCCACCUCCUUCGACGAUGACCUUCGCAAGGGAUUCAUGCAUGGCAUGUCUCUCUUGCUGAACUUGCUCGUCAUGAUGCAGGGCAUGGAUUCUGUCGUUAGACAGGUCGGGCAGCAUAUGGAGUACGAGCCCGAAUGGGAGUCUGCCUUCAAUUUGCAUGUCAAACUAGCCCACAGCAUCACGCUGUCACUGGAAUGGUGCGCAGCAGAGAAGACUCUGGCCACCGCCCUCUUCCGCAUGGCACUGAGGAAAUUCAGCGAGACUUACACUCCGUCACCCAAGGUUUACUAUGAGCUAGGCAACCAGAGCGCGUCAGUGAUCCCAUACGACGUAUCUACUAAGCCUGUGUCCAUCCACCGGCCACUGUCUCGUUACAUCGCGGGCUUACAUCUACUGUUGCAUGACCAUGGCCUGUCCUACCACAGUAAAGAGUUCGACCGACAGGAUAAACCUAAACCCACGCCUGUUGAACUCAUUGAGCCAAUCCUGCAGACGAUGGCGAUGAUAGGACAGGUGCACGCGGGUAUGUGGCGAAGGAAUGGAUUCGCUCUCAUCAACCAACUCUAUUUCUACCAGAACGUCAAAUGUCGCGCGGAGAUGCUCGACAGAGAUAUAGUCAUGUUACAGGUCGGAGCCUCUCUAAUAGAGAGCAACGAGUUCAUAAUUCACGCGUUGAAUAAGUUCAAAUUACUGGACUGGGCAAAGCCCGACUUUGAGCGCGCUUUGGGGGAUGACUCCGUCAGACAGUCUAUACCCAUGGUUGAAGAGUUUCUGGGACUUCUCAUCACCAUUUACGGGGCCCGCUACGUCCCCGGUGUGGGCGAGGUGACCAACGAAGACCGCACCAUGAAGGAAAUCAUUCAAAUGUUGUGUAUCAAGCCCAUGCCACAUUCAGAACUCAACAGAUGUCUCCCAGAAGAUCAGCUCCAUGAAACUGGUUUAGAAGCUGUCAUCCACAAAGUAGCAGAUUUCAUCAAGCCCACUAGUGGGAAUAACCGCGGCGUUUACAAACUAAAGCCGCAUCUGUACGACGAGUAUGACACAUUCUUCUACCACUAUACCAGGGAGGAACUGUCCAGGAGUGAGGAGGAACAGAGGAACAGGAGGAAGGCUGCAGGUCUUCCAGAAUGUUGCCCCCCUCCAAUGCUCCCGAAACUGGCGCCUCCAUUCCGUCUAAUAGCCAAUUUGCUACAAUGCGAUGCGGUCCACCAUGUACUGAAAACUGUCUUCGAACGGGCCUUAGACCUUAGGGCCAGGACCUUCUCCGAGACACAAGUGCAUAAGGCGUUGCACCUGAUAGGCUACGCGUUGCGUGACGAGGAGAGUGGGCACUACGAGUUCGUCCAGUUCGCGGAGGGCGCGGCCCGCACCGGCCUCGUCGCGCUGCUGCAGCAGCUCACCGUCAGCCCGCGCCUCGAGGCGCACCGCGAGCUCGCGCGCUGGGUGUACCAGAAGAUACGAUCUCUGCUCGGACAGAACGAUGAGCAUAUCGGUGACGGCGAGAACAUGGAAACGGACCAGGAGGAGAAACCUACCAACACCGAGACUGCCGAAGCUGAAAAGUCACGUCGCGCGAAGUUAGCUGCGGAGCGACGUGCUAAGCUAAUGGCACAGAUGCAAACACAAAUGAACAACUUCAUAUCCAAGAACGCGACACUUUUCGAAGAGACUACGACUGAGGUGACGGCGGAGGAGCAAGAGUUGCGUCCGUUAUACCGAGGCGCGGCGCUGGGCGUCUGGGGGGGCGGCGUACCCGAGCCUACGCGUACCUGUAUUAUGUGCCAGGAAGAGGCGCGCGUCCAGCUGAAAGGCCCGCCAGUGGUGCUGGUGGCGUACGUGCAGGACUCGACGGUCCUGAACCGCAUGGCGCGCGGGCCGCGCGGCGCCGUGCCGCAGUCGUGGCGCCACGCCUGGCUGCCGCCCGGCCUCGGCCUGCAGACGCACGUCUCCAGCUGCGGACACCUGCUGCACGCCGACUGCUUCACCAACUACAUCGACAACGUGCAGGACAAGGAGCACAGGAGACCAUAUCGCGGCCGGCAACCAGCGGCGUUUGACGUGGAAAGGAACGAAUACUUAUGUCCUUUAUGCGAACGCCUCUGCAAUGCUGCACUACCUAUACUCCCUGCCCCGCCCGUGCCGUCAAAACCCGUACCACCACUGAGUGAAGAGUUGUAUAUCGAAUCAGUUAACUUGAUCCUCAAACUGAAACAUCAAAUCACCUCCAGAAUUGUUCAUAUUUGUACUGAAUACUGCGAUGACAGGCUCUGCCGCGCCCGAGCAAGGAGCGUCGGACCUAUGUCCGCUGACAUGGCGGAGGACGAGCUAGCCGAUAACACAGAGAUAUAUAUCUCUACUCACUCUGAAAAUCUUCUAAAAGAGGAGUUCUUAGACCACUUUUUAGUUGAAAUUCAUCCCUACAGAGAUAAGUGUAGAGGGUUGAUUCUAAAUUUUGUUGAAAAAAUUCCAGUCUCAGACUAUGGUGGCCUGGCUGCAAGUGCUGCCCUCUACAGGUCGACAUCGUACACUAUAAUGAGCACUAAUGCGGUUUUACAAGCCGAGAACAGGCCGUUACUGGGCGACCUACCAGCCAGAUACAGGGAAACUUUACAGGCGCUGAUCAGAAUGUCAGCCGCUUUACCUGCAGUCUGGGAGCCACCCAAACACCUCUCCCACCACGCACUCAGCUCCCUAAACACUCUAGAACGCAGUUCUCCCCUUACGCACGAACCGUUCGGUACUCUAGUCUCCCUAGUUCUAUCCGCACCGUGUCUCUUCUGCAAAGUCGGUGGACCAGCCAGACCGACCAACCUCGCCAAGGCGUUCACACGACAAUGCUUCAGAGCCACGCUAGCCAGGGCACUACUCGUUACCGACGUCUCUACUUGCAAGAGCCAGCCCAUGGAAGGCCAGGAGGACUUCAAAGACGCAGACUUAGAGAAUCUUCUUCCUUUCAUGAAGGAGUUACGGAAUGGAGUUCUAGAAGACAAUUUGAACCCUACAGAAGUCUGGCAUUUGAUCAAAGAACAGUGUCAUACGUUCUUGCGCUGCUGUUGUUUAUUCUAUCACUUCUUGAGUGACAUCAGCGCGCCUGAAGAGUUGACUGUAGUAGGAGGAGAUACUUGGGAGGUUAUGUGUGGGUACCUGGACAUGCCGAGUACCUACAAAGAGCUGGUGGAUACGCCUACAGCCAAGAAGAAGAUCUCAAAUUGGAUUGCAAUGUCCACGGAAUGGUUUAGUGGAGAGAUUCCUGCUUGUGUCGUCGUUGAACCUAAGGAGCCUCCUAAUUUGAUUUCGUUGCCCGAAGACUUCUCUGAGCUAAUGAACUUAGUAUCAGAGUUCUCGUGCCCUAACUCCGACCGCGAAGACAGCAAGAAGCCGACUAUGUGCCUCGUCUGUGGACAGAUACUGUGCUCACAGAGCUACUGCUGCCAGGAUGAUGUACCGAAGUGGAAUCGUAUCGGCGAGUUGCAGCGUGUGGGCGCGGUGGUGGCGCACUGCGCGCGCUGCGGCGGCGGCGCCGGCCUGUUCCUGCGCGUGCGCGACUGCGAGCUGCUACUGCUGGCCUCGCCCGCCCGCGGGGCCAAGAUGCCGGCGCCCUAUCUGGACUCCUACGGGGAGACUGACCAGGGACUGCGACGCGGCAAUCCUUUACAACUGUGUCCGACUCGUUACUCCGAGGUGCGCAUGCUGUGGCUGUCGCACGGCCUGCACGAGAGGAUCGCGCGGUCCCUCGACACCAACAUACUCGCGACGACCGCCUGGCAGAACUUGUGAUACAUCAACGCCGUCAACCACUCGACAUAUUAUCCUAUCGCCAUUUUCUAUGAAAAUCCGUGAAAACGACGAUUUUGAGGGAAUGAAUUAGUAUACAACGUUUCUGACACGCACCUUGCAAGUGUCUUUUCUAAACACACAUACAUUUUGUUAUAAUAACUAUCGGGAGAGUACACUUUACUUACGGGAAGUAAUCGAGACACGCUCUACUAGUUUCAAACCACAUCGGGAACCAUAUCCGGUUACUAGUAAAGCUUUUCUUCUAUAAUUUAUUAGAGUAAACCGAAUAUUACGAAUAAUAAUUUAUAUAAUGAAAAUUCAAGAAGAAUUUUUUUAUUUAAAUCGACGCACUGGUUGCAACAACUUGAAUGGUACGUGCAAUUUUCCUUUUGCAUAAUAUUAAUAGGCUCGCCCCACAUUACGUUGGAAAUAACACUCGCAAGGUUUCACAUCUACAGUUACAACGUGUAUACUUACAGCCGAAAUUAAUAACAUAAUUAAUAACAUUCUUUAAACGAAGAAUGGAGAUCGAUUUUGGAUGUUUGAACCAAAAUUAGUCCAUAGAUUUUUCGUAUUAAUUUCGGCAUUUAGAAUUAUAAUUACUGUUUUAGCCAAAUAAAAGCUAUAUUACUUAGAUAUUUUAAUGCCACGCUGCGCAACCAACUUGCCAAUGUACUAAACGAUGUUACGUAGAUUAAAAUAUUUAGUUGCGUUUCAGUUAUUGUCACGAUGCGAUGUCUAGUGUGUAACUGGAAUACUAAUAUUUGUCGGAAUGGCAACUUAUUACCAAUCAAUUAUGAUUUUUUAAUAUAAUUAAUGUUGUAUAAACUAAUUUUACUAUCUUAGUCGUAAGUCAGUUAGUUGGCAUCGUGCUUCGGUACGAAUGGGUCGGCUCGACCGGACUCAUACCACGGCCUUACAGGAAACUGACGUGAAACAAACAAC